AUUUACAUACCAUUUACAUUGUAUUAGGUAUUAUAAGUGAUCUAGAAAUGACUUAAAAGUAUAGACAUUCCCCGGGUUAUGAACGAGUUCCUUUCCUGAGUCCAUCCUUAAGUCAGAUUUGAAGUCGGAACAGGUACAUCCGGUAUUAUUUAGCGUCAGUUAGUCAAACAUUUUUCUUAGUAUAUAGUACAUAUUUUACCUUUCUAUGCAUAUAAAACACUUAAGAAACAUGCAUAUUUCAAUAAUUAAACCACUGCGUUGCUUAGUAAUAAUUGUAGCUUUCAUCAGGGCAGGGCCUUUCACAUGCUCCAUUAAAAUUGUUCCGAUCGCUGACCAACUGUAGCCUAACGCUUUUCCAAUGACCAGUGGCGUUUCACCUCUUUCUGAUCACUUUAUUGCUUCCACCUUAUUUUCAAUUGUGAUCGUGAUUAUUUUCCUGAACAGAAAUGUUGCGGAUUCAGAGCUGCGGCGCCGGGUCCUAAUUCCACCGCACGGAGACAUGUUAAAUAAAGUCCGGGGUUCUGCUGGGUCCUAAAGAGCGCCGCAUGGAGCCAGGUGGGAAGAGGAAAUCUAUGGAGAUGGUGUAAAAUGGAUGUUUCUGGAACAUAAAGGUCCAUUAUUUGCACCUGAAUAUGAGAACCUUCCCUCAGGUGUCAAUUUCUAUUAUAAUGGCAAUCAAAUGAAGCUGACUCCUACAGCAGAAGAAAUGGCCUCCUUCUUUGCGAAGAUGCUGGAUCACGAGUACACCACAAAGGCAAUUUUCAGACAAAACUUUUUUGAGGACUGGCGGCAGGAAAUGAGCAGCUCAGAGAGGAUGAUAAUCAGAGACCUAAAUAAAUGUGAUUUCACAGAAAUCCAUCGAUACUUUACUGAAAAAGCAGAGGCCAGAAAAGGAUUGCUCAAGGAAGAAAAACAGAAAUUAAAGAUGGAGCAAGAUGCAAUCAUCGAGGAGUACGGUUACUGUAUAAUGGAUGGGCAUCGGGAAAGAAUCGCAAACUUCAAAAUCGAGCCACCAGGGCUUUUUCGUGGCCGUGGUGAUCAUCCGAAGAUGGGAAAACUGAAGAGAAGGAUCAUGCCUGAAGAUGUCAUCAUCAAUUGUAGUAGUGAUUCAAAGAUCCCAACACCUCCACGAGGUCAUCAUUGGAAGGAAGUGCGUUUCGAUAAUAAAGUAACUUGGUUGGCGUCAUGGGUGGAAAAUGUCCAGAAUCUUAAUAAAUAUAUCAUGCUCAAUCCAAGUUCCAAACUAAAGGGUGAAAAGGAUCUGCAGAAAUAUGAAAUUGCCCGGUGCCUGAAGGGCAGAAUUAAUGCAAUCCGAAGUCAAUAUCGUGUAGAUUGGAAAUCAAGGGAAAUGAAAUCACGACAGAGAGCAGUGGCACUUUAUUUUAUUGACAAAUUGGCUUUGAGAGCUGGGAAUGAGAAGGAAGAAGGGGAGACUGCUGAUACAGUUGGUUGCUGCUCACUCCGUGUUGAACAUAUUAAUUUGCAUGAUAACUGUGAUGGACAGCAAUGUGUGGUAGAAUUUGACUUCCUGGGAAAAGACUCGAUCCGAUACUACAAUAAGGUAGCAGUGGAGAAAAAGGUGUUCAAGAAUCUAAAGUUAUUCAUGGACAAUAAGGAUCCUUCAGAUGACUUGUUUGACAGAUUGAAUACCUCAGACUUGAACAAGCAUCUUCAAGAGUUAAUGGAGGGACUCACAGCCAAAGUGUUUCGGACAUGCAAUGCCUCCAUUACACUGCAAGAACAAUUGGCAGAACUAACAAACCCCGAAGACAGUGUUGCAGAAAAAAUCCUGUCCUAUAACAGAGCUAACAGAGCAGUGGCCGUUCUGUGCAACCACCAGAGGGCACCCCCGAAAACCUUCGAGAAAACCAUGAAAAACAUGCAGGCCAAGAUUGAAGCAAAAAUGGAGCAACUUGAUGCAGCUAAGAAAGAUCUGAAAAAUGCCAAGGUGGAUUGCAAAAUGAAAAAAGAUGAAAAAUCUAAACAUGUGGUUGAAAAGAAGAAGAAACUUGUCCAAAAGUUAGAAGAACAAUUGAAAAAAUUGGAGGUUCAAGCAACAGACAGAGAGGAGAACAAGCAGAUUGCAUUGGGCACAUCCAAACUGAACUAUCUUGAUCCUAGAAUCACAGUGGCUUGGUGCAAGAAAUGGAACAUUCCCAUUGAAAAGAUCUACAAUAAGACACAGAGAGAGAAAUUUGCCUGGGCUAUUGAUAUGACUGAGGAGGAUUUUGAAUUCUAAAACAAUUCUCAACUCAAAGCAAUUGCUCUGUACCUCAGGGAGUUAAAAGAAAUGUUGCAUUAUAAAGAUUUGUACUCAAACACUUCGGUGAAUGUUUCUGUUAAUUUUGUAUUCGUUAAGUUUAUAUAUAAUACAAUUUUUUGAUAAGUUUGCAUUGUGCACGUUUGGUAGGAAAUGUGGAAAGAAGUAAGAUUAGAGGUAAUGAGUAUAUAAGCCAAAUGAAAAUUACAUUUGUCUUUGUGGAACACAUUCUUGAGUAUACACAGGGAAUGAUUUCCUUCUGAACAAAUAAAUUCAUUCUCAUCAUCUUAAUA